ACGUAAUUUAACAAACCUAUGAAUUAUCAAUAAGCCAAUGGUAAGCUAUUAAUCGUUUCGCUCCUUAAGUUGCUAGUUUGAUCAGGUAUACGUAACUCGCUAAUCGUACCCGCCAAACGCGCCCCCGCGCAUAGCUGGCUCAUGGAUCGAGCUCACAAGCCACUGAGACACGAGCCAGCUCCCGAGCCUUGCGAGUCGAAGAAAACUUAGCUUCAUGCUCGACUCGUUUACUAACUAACCACACUAUAGUGUCUAACGGAGUUUUUACCAAAUCGAACACACGUGAGCAAUUCGACUCAUUUGCAGAGCCUUUUUUUAUGUACACUAGACUUGCAUAUAUGGUUUGUGAUUGACGAUAACUAUGAUGCGCUUUGACUUAACCGAGACGCAGGUGUAUGAGCUCUCGAUUGGAGCCGCUUGUGGGCUAUCAUGGCCUUCUGAUCGCCUCAUCGUCCAAGUCCUCGACGACUCCACCGACCCCGCCAUCAAGAGGUUGGUGAAAACAGAGUGCAGAAGAUGGGAAAGCAAAGGCGUAAACAUCAAGUACGAAGCGAGGGAGAAUCGAAAUGGGUACAAAGCUGGGAACCUGAAACGAGGAAUGAAGCACAGCUACGUCAAGCAGUGUGAGUACGUCGCCAUUUUCGACGCCGACUUCCAGCCCGAACCGAACUUCCUCCGCCUGACCGUUCCUUCGCUCCUGCGCGAUCCUGACAUUGCCCUCGUCCAGUCUCGUUGGAGCUUCGUGAAUGCAGAUGAAUGCUUGAUGACGAGAAUGCAAGAGAUGUCACUGGACUACCACUUCAACAUUGAGCAACAAGCAGGCUCUUCCACCUACGCCUUCUUUGGAUUCAACGGGACGGCUGGAGUAUGGAGGAUAUCGGCUCUAAACGAAGUGGGAGGCUGGAAAGACCGGACCACGGUAGAGGACAUGGAUCUAGCGGUAAGAGCAGGUCUCAAAGGUUGGAAGUUCCUCUAUCUAGGGGACGUAAAGGUGAAGAACGAGCUUCCCAGCACCUUCAAAGCCUAUAGGAAUCAACAACACAGAUGGUCUUGCGGUCCUGCAAAUCUCUUUCGGAAAAUGGGUCCACAGAUCCUCACCGCCAAGAGGGUAUCAGUCUGGAAGAAGUUCCAUCUAGUCUAUAGCUUCUUCCUCGUCAGGAAGAUCGUCAGCCACCUCCUCACUUUCUCCUUCUACUGCAUCAUUAUGCCGGCCACCAUCCUGCUCCCAGAGGUCCACAUUCCGAAGUGGGCAUCCGUCUAUCUCCCCACAAUCGUCACCUUGCUCCAUGUCGUCGGGACUCCCACCAGGUCGAUCCACCUGGUGGGGUUCUGGGUUCUGUUCGAGAACGUCAUGUCCCUGCAUCGGACCAAGGCGAUGCUCAUGGGGUUGCUGGAGUUUGGGAGGGUGAACGAAUGGGUCGUCACUGAAAAACUAGGCGAUGCUCUCAGGAUCGACGUCGCUAAUGCGAAAAUGCAGAACCUGCAUCAAGCUGCCAAACCUAAGAAGAAACCACGUCUUGAAUUCCAUUGGGCAGAGCUUGGAGUAGCAAUUUACCUCUUCGUAUGUGGAUGCUACGACUAUGCAUUUGGAAAGAACCGCUACUUCAUAUUUCUUUUCAUGCAAUCCAUCGCAUUCUUUAUCGCGGGAUGUGGAUACGUUGGCACUUUCAUUCCCAAUUCGUAAUGACGAACAAAAAAUGUAACGAGUAGUGAAUAAAUGAGACAUUCAAUAUACAAAACGUUAAAUAUAUAGUUUUACGAGCU